AAUUUGUUUACAGUUGUUUUAUCACUAAAGGAAURCCAAUGCCUCCAACUGACUUCUACUACASAAUASCAUCCAAUACAGAAGUGCACCUUUCCUGGAGACCAGGUAGAAGUGARAGCCAACAGGUAAACUUCAUUAUUGAAUAUAAGCGGAGUGGRGAGUCUUCCUGGACAGCAAUAGAAGCUGGUACAAAUACCAGUAAAGUUCUGAGUAAUGGUGAUGGCUGGAACAGMGUUUCUGUUAGAGUAAAGGCAAGAAAUGCACAUGGCACCAGUAAACCUUCAAAAGAACUUUACAUAGCUUAUGAAGAAAUUGUUAACAAAAAAAGAAAACCAACGGCUCAGAAAUCCACUGGCAGUGGGACYGUUAUUGGCGGAGCUGUAGGAGGGAUACUGCUUGUUGCUGUAUUAGUACUGGUGAUCCUUGUAUUGUGGAAAAAACGAAAAAGAAAGUUACAAAGAUAUAGAGAACCAACAAGAAACCAAGCUUCUGUGAGAUACACUCCAAGCUCUCAACCACAUGAGCUGCCACUAUUAGAAGAUAUCUACGAUGUUCCUGGAACGAACAUAGAUAGUUCUGGACAAGCCAGGCAACAGAUUGCUGAAGGAAACGAUUAUGAGAUUAUUGGCAAGCCAGCAUCUUGGGAAGUUCCUAAAAGGAAUUUGACAAUCAGUAAAGACCUUGGUUCAGGUCAUUUUGGCAAAGUUGUCAAGGCAUCAAUGAAGACAAGUACUGGGCCAAGGGAUGUGGCUGUCAAAAUGCUGAAAGAAAAUGCUGGUGAACAUCACAAGAAAGAAUUUCUGGCAGAGUUAGAGUUAAUGAAAUCCCUUGGAACACAUCCAAACAUUGUUGGUUUGGUGGGCUGUUGUACCAAAGGAGAUAACCCAUACAUCAUCGUUGAAUACUGUUCACAAGGAAAUCUGCGAAACUUCCUUCGGAAAAGCCAAGGAAAUCGAGAAUAUUCUAACCUUGCUAGUGGUAGUAUCAGUCUGACUUCAAGAGAUUUAUUAUCUUUCAUGUGGCAGGUCGCACGUGGAAUGAGUUUCUUGGCCAGUAAAAAACUGGUACACCGUGAUCUAGCAGCACGUAACGUCCUUGUUCAUGAAGGCAAUGUCUGUAAGAUAGCUGAUUUUGGUCUGGCAAGGGAUAUCUACAACGAAAAUCAAUACCUGAAGACAACAGAGGGUGAACUACCACUUCGUUGGAUGGCAUUAGAAUCAAUCUUUCACGGAAUUACUACCACUGAAAGUGACGUGUGGUCGUUUGGAGUCCUCAUCUGGGAGAUCAUAACCCUUGGCGCCAAUCCAUACCCAGGGUUUACCAGAGAACAGUUGAUUAGCAACCUUCACGUUGGCUACAGAAUGCCUCGCCCACCGUACUGCAACGAAGUGCUAUAUGGAGUAAUCUUGCAAUGUUGGCAUCAAGAACCAUCUGAACGACCAACCUUCACAAUGCUUUGUAGAACACUUCAUCGCAUGAUGGCUGCAGAAAAGGUUCUGAUAGAUCUCUCUAACUUUGACGCGGAGUACAUCAACGCCAAGAAAGAUGGUGAGCCUGUUUCGCCGUGAAUUAUAGUUCAAGUUAAUUCGAACGGAUGUCCAUAUCUUGUGACAGACAGACAUAUUGAUAGAGAUUGAAAGAUUCGUAUUCUUCAGACCAUAUGGGAUUAUGGGAAGACGAAGACUUUAGUACAGAGACUCGCCAUUCUUCCUUCAUUCACAGGAAAUCAGCGUAAUCUUCUUCUGUCGUUCGUUUCUCACUUCCAGAAAUAAUAAAAUACUGUAAAUAUUAUUUCUAGGAGAAAGGAACGAUAGAGAUUACAUCAGGAUUCCCGAAGAUGACCUUCCUUUUGGUCUUAGAUUCUUAUUGAGUCCAACUUCUUUUUUUCGAUUAAAACUUUGAAUACGACAGGCAGAGAAGCACAUUCAGAAUUUUAAGUGACUCGCAUUCACAAUCCAGUAACGCUUUUGACUAGCAGAAACUAAUGAUAAUAGAUUUGUAAUUUCAAAAAAUCGCUGCCGAUAGUAUGCGUGCACUSUGAUCGUCUGUUUCUAGUUUUGCAAAGACGUGACYGGGMUGGGAGGGUUAGUGAGGACAGACCUACUUUUUUCAGAUUUUUAUAUCAUGAAUGASUGUUSYUUUCAGACCACAUGAACAACUGUCGUGUGAUCUAAAAUUGAAAAGAUUUCAUCCAUGAAAAAUAGUUAUUUCUUAGAGACAAAUCUAUUUUAGUAAUCAAUUUUUGAAACAAAUGUAAAUAUAGUACAGAUAUCUAAUUAUUGUUUUAUAGUACAAGAAAAUGUGAUAAGUAUUUUAUUGGCGUACAUCAGAGACAUUUUAUAAUAUUUCAUAAUAAAUACCUUUUUUAUAGUAA